AUGGAGGAGCUCCUGUCCGUCGUCGCCGCGAACCUCUCCAUGGCCGGCGAGGACGGCGAGACGUUCCGCCGCGAGGCGGCGUCGGCGUUGCUGGCCUACAGCGAGGACGCGCAGCAGCUCGAGUUCCUGCUGGCGUCGAAGCCGGGCCUCGCCGUCGUCGCGGCGCUGGCGCGGACGCGCGCGGGCCUGCGGGACGGCCUGGGCGCGCUCGUGAACCUCAUGGCCUUCGCGAACGCGAGCGGCGAGCCGGCCAUGGACGCGCUCGUGCGUGCGCUCGCGAGCCCGAAAUCCGUCGACGCCGCGUGCGUCGCCGCGGCGAGCGACGCGUUCGAGGCGGCGACGCGCCGGUCGGCGCUCAUGUUCCUCCAGAACCUGACGACGCGGCCCUGCGGCGCCGAGGCCGUCGCGCGCCGCGAGGAGGCCGUCACCGCGCUGACGAAGCGCUUCGCGCGCCGCGGCGCCGCCGCGGCCGCGGCCGAGUGGGCCGACGGCUUCGCGGCGAUCCUCCAGAACCUGAGCGCCCAGCCGACGUUCCGGAGCCUGCUCCUGCGGCGCAGCACGAAGAUCUUAGGCGCGCUGCUGCCCCAGCUCCUCGACGGCUACCUCGACGCGUUCGGCGCGGCGUCGCCGGGGAAGCGGCGCGGCGUCGCCGCGGCGCUCCGCCACUGCUGCCACGACAAGGACGAGCACUUCUACCUGCUGUCGGACCUCCACGCGCCGACCUUCGCGCUCUUCGCGCUGGCCGACGCGUCCGACGCCGCGCGGCUCGCGAACGACGACCACGAGGCGCUCGCGCUGCCCGGGGGCGCGAACUGGAGCGACGCCGCGCUGCCCGCGGUCCUCCGCGAGGCCGCGGAGACGCUCGGCGACUCGAAGAAGCGCGAGCCCGACGCCCGCGUGACCCUGAGCCUGCUGGAGGCCCUGCUCUGCCUCGCGUCGACGCGCCGCGGCCGCGAGCGGCUCCGCGCGCUGCGGGCCUACGCGGUCGUCAAGGACUGCGACUUCGCCUUCGCGCCGGGCCGCGACGACCGCGACGACGCCGACGCGGGCGGCGACACGGAGGUCCUCGUCACGACCGACGACGCGCCGGAGCCCGACGAGGCCACGCUGUCCGAGGACGAGAUCCUCCGCAAGCACAUCGCCCGCGUCUGCAGCGACCUCGCGAACAUGCUCCUGCGCGCCGAGGUCGGCGCCGACGACCAGCCCGACGAGCCCGAACGGGCCGAGGAUUACGGCGAGAUGGAUUAA